AUGGUCACCGGGAUAGAGACUGCUGGCCUGAUUCUCGGAUCGAUACCUCUUAUCAUCGAAGGCCUCAAAACCUAUCAGAAAGGAAUCAAAUCCGUAAAGAGAUCGGCCAAAUACGACAAGCUCUUAUCUGGUGCAUACUCAGAAUCGGAGGAUUACAUUGAACUUGGGGACGACUUCUGGACUGGAUUCUCGACAGGAAUGACUAAUCAGGCUGUGAAGGAUUACCUCGGCGAAAGGAAGCAGCAAUAUUUCCACGACCUUCUUGACGAAUUUGAGCGCUAUUUUGCCAAACUGGGGAAUGCUUUGAAUCAUGUUGAAAGAGCUGGCAAGAACAACCCUCAGAGGAAUCAUUUGACUCUAUCAGACCUACAUUCUCUUGCGAAAUUACGCGACACCCCCGGCAAACAUGUCUCGAAGCGAGUGUGGUAUCUCAUCAAGGAGCAAGACAUCACAGAACUAAUAGAAGAACUCGAUGCGAUAAAUGUAGAUAUGGAUCGGCUAUUGGCACAUGCUAGUAUUCUAGCUCAACACAAAAACAUUCAGGAAUCCAGGAUCAUUUCCGACGAGCGGCAUGCAAAGGCGUUGGCUUCAUUACUAAACCAAAUCCGAAAUUACGCAGACAGACUCUUCAAUGCCUUACUUUCGGCAUGGAUUCCAGGUUGCCAUGCAUCACACAACGUUGCAUUGUUUCUUGACAAGCCAACAGUCCCAAAAUCGGGCCAUCCAAGCUCAGAAUCAUCAUUCAAGUUUCGAGUGAUAAUCUGCGGCAAACCUGAGGAUGGCGUUGCUGUGACUCAUGGAAUAUGUUCACCGGCUCAACCAGUAACAACCCAAACUCCAGUUACUCCUGCGAUAACAGUCACGCUGUUGAAUCAAGCAUCAACUUCUGUUGUGUUGGGCAGAGUCACGAACCUUUGCGAUGCCGCAAUCAGCGCAAAACAGACACUGAAGCGCCUAGGCCUGAUUCUACGUAAUGGUACAUCUCUCAUGAGCGACAACAGGAGUAAUGAGCAUUGUGAAUCUGCACUUUGGAGCACAAUCAACUUGGAGAGUUUCCUUUCUACCAACAGAAUGGGCCCCGCGCAAAAGGUUAAACUGGCGUUAAAGCUUGCCAUCUCCCUGCUUCAAUUCAAGAGCUCUCAAUGGUUUCAGUCGUCGAUAUCAGCCCAGGUCAUUCACUUCCGAAAAGCAGUUCAAGCCGGGAGGGCACACUGCAUAGAAGUAGAUCAACCACUGGUUCUGCAGUCGUUUUGCGAUCGGACUCUAGAGAGGUCGGCGGGACACAAGCCAAGGCAAAUGCUCUUGGAACUCGGAAUCUUAUUCAUGGAAAUAUGGAACGGGGAGACGAUGGCGGCGUUUGCCAAACGACAUUACAAGAUUGAUGAUGUUCCACCAUUGAUGCGUCAAGGGAUCGCCACGGAAUGGUACGAAGAAACAUGGGAGCAAAUGACCAACAAUUAUGGCGGGGUAGUCAACACAUGUAUGGCUUUUGCACUCGACUACAACCGAGGAAUGCAAACUUGGGAGGAUGAAGAUUUGAGAAAGUCGGUUUGUGCAAAGAUCAUUAGCUGGUUGAAUGAGGAUUGUCUGGCUUUCCCUUAA